AUGAUCACCUUUGCUGACAAAAUGGCCAUCAAGCUACCGGAUUUCAUGGCUUCCUCUGGAAACAAGAAGAGUGACUCCCAACGUCCUCGAACCAUCCACACAUCCAAGUCCUUCUCCAAGUUAGCACCGCCCAGCCCAGAUCAUACAAAUCGAAUUCAACGGGCCAAUACCAUACAAAAUGGCUUUGAUCCACAGGAACCCAUGCCAGAUAAAUCUCAGAGGUUACCUCAGAAGCAAGCGGAUGCCUUCGAGAAGUCCUCCGAGGAUGAAACAGGCGAGGCUUCCGGGAAGCUACCUUCAGAUUUUGAUGAACUUCCCAUUGAGCUUGUCAGUCUGACGGAUGGCUUCAUCGACUCCUUAUCUGCCAAAAUCCAUCCUACCCCGCCAACGGUCGACAAGUUAUCUACACUAUUUCAAGACUUCUAUGCCGUUGCUGCUACACAUAUCAAUACACAUAUCUCGGCACUUUCCUCUCGCCAGCACCGAGCAAGUUCACCGUCCCCCUCGAUGUCCUCUCUCUCCUCUACGGCGAGUAAGAUAAGAGCAAAGGCAGUCUCGAUUAGCAAUAAUAAAGAACGUUCUAGACCCCCAUCAGAAAGGAACGAUUCGGAACAGCAGAUGCUUACGGCCGAUGAAAUAGCUGAUCGAAAACGAGCAAGGAAAGCCCUGGAGCACAAGCGGGUAGCUUUGGAAGAGGCUGUCGAGAGGAGGGUAUGCGAGAGCAUCUACAAUCGGAUAUGGAGACAUAGAAGUACUACAGAUGAGGAAAAGGAUGAGAAGUUGCGCUCCAAGACUGCAGCUUUAUCAGUAGUUGGAAUUGGUCUCAACGAUCUAGAUGUUGAUUUGGGACAAGCAACCAAGGACCCAGUAGCGAUGCAAACCAGAGAAAAAGAAGUCCGAGCAUGGCUAGAAGGAGCAAGAGAUGAGCUGAUGGCUAUGAGUAACGAGAAGUAUCCUCUUGGAAAGCUUGUCCAUCUUAAAGCAGCACACAAAAGCAUCGUCGACACUUUAUCACAUUUCCAUCCAUCUUCCUCGGCGGACGAGAUCAUGCCUAUGCUUAUCUAUACUCUAAUUACAUCUCGCCCUGAAGGUAUUGAUGUUAUCAGCAAUCUACAUUUCAUCCAGAGAUUUCGAAAUGAGAAUAAGAUUGAUGGGGAAGCUGCGUAUUGUUUGACAAAUUUGGAAGCUGCUAUCACGUUUCUCGAGACCGUGGAUUUAGCAACUCUGAGAGAGGACGAGGCUCUUUCUGGACCAAAGUCCAACAGUCGCCCAUCUACUCCAAAAACAAUUAAUUCGAUGACUCCUGCGCAUCUUACUACAGCCGGGUUAUCGCCCGCCGAGGUCACUGCCACAAGUGCUAGUCCCACCAUCACCACAACUCCAUCGUCUCCUACAGGUGCUCGACCAUCCGUGCAGCACAACCGCAGUAUCAGCGACAUGUUCCAGCCACCUGCGGUGCUUGGCGCAGCUGGAGACGCAGUUCUGAAUACAGCAGACCAAGGGUUCAAGUCAAUCGGGCUCUCCCUUGAGGGUUCCUAUAAGUUCCUGCUUGGGAAGCUCAAGGAACGGCAGGAGGAACUUACAGGAAAGCCGUCUGAUAUCAUUGUCCCCAAGACAUUAGAUGAUGCUCGAAAACUCGUCAGCACGCCUCCUCCUGAAGACGACGCAUCAGCCAGUGGUGCCAGCUCGCUUCACAGCCCAGAGAAUACAGGGCGGCCGCGUAGAGAUUCUGCACUCAAACCGGAUGAUAAGAUGCUAAAUUUGAUUGGAGGCCGCAAGGCGGCUGCUCGAGACAGAAGUACAGACAGCUCGCAGAGUGCGAGUAGUAGCAAGAAAGUGGCAUUCGCCGAGGAAGGUGGUGAGAAGCAGCCUUCCUCGCCAUUGCACCCUCCGCCAUUGCACCAUCCUGCAUCGCCAGCGAAUCCUGCAAUCGUGGAGUCGAUGCGGAAUCUAGGCAACUCACUAAACCCCAUUAACCGGUUUUCGAGCAUGAACAUGACGCGAGGCUUUGGGUUCGGACGACCACCCUCAACUCCCGCCACACCAGGCAAUAAACCAAUAGCCGAUGGUGGUAUUGCUGAUUUGACGAGCACCUUCCCAGAACUCGCACCAUCACUGCCACCCAAAGAAAUCCCCAAGAUUGCACCACCAAUCAAAAGAUUCAUGGAGAUACAAAAUCCAGGCGAUAUGAAGCUCAACGAGGUACUUGAGCUUCUAAGAGAUUAUAGACGGCUUGCGGGGGCGUUGAAGGAUAUCGGUGCUGUUUGA